ACAUACAGUACUAAACAUAUGUACACACACACACACACAAUACACAGACGGGGUGUGCAAGGGAGGUCUUCGGCUCCCCUCCCGCACCCUCGCCGUACUAGUUGCGCAUGGAAAGUUGCAAACCCAUCCGGAAUCUUGCUUAUUUAUCGCCUCCGUGACAGAUUUCCUAACCUAAAUUGUUAUCAACUUUAACAAUUUAUAUAUCGUUCCACAAGACAGAGCGACGAUUUUUCCAAAUAGAAAAGUUGUUUCUCUUGCAAAAACGCGUCAAUUAAAUAUUUUUUCGUCGAAAUCCAAGGUUUCAGUUAGAGCUACACCAAGAAGAAAAUGUCGGGUGAUUCGAGUUUGUACAGAUUAGAAGGGACCGAUGCGAAUCAAACUGGAGGUUUGGUGAUCCGCAAGAAAGCUUCAGAUCAUACUUUCAAAAAACCAGAAACGUCUAUAUUAGGCCUCGACAAGCUUGCGGAGCGUAAAAGGAAGGAACAGUCGCAAGAGCCCACCAGCUCAAAGUCCAGAUCCGAAGGAAAGGACAGAAAGUAUCGAUCUUAUGAAGAAGAAACCCCUACCCACACUGGUGGCGUGAAUUAUGAGGCGCAACGGAGAUUGGAGUCGCGACUCAAGCGUCAGAGAUUGAAUGCGGACGACAGGAGCUCGAGGAGUUCGCACAGGGACCGCGAGAGAGAUCGCGACAGGCGGAGGGACGUGGAGAGCAGAUCCAGGGACAGCAUGAGGCAGACGCCGUUCAGGUUCAAGGAUGAGCCGCAGACCCCGAAGUUCCGGACGAAAGAUCCCACUUCGAAGAGCAACUGGGACGAUGAUGAGGAUGAGGAGCCGAAGCGUUCGAGCUGGGAUCACCCAACACCGAACGUCUACGGUGGCAGGGACGGUCGUGACAGCGUGAGGAGCGAGUUCACACCAUCCUACAAGUACAAUUCUUGGAACAAAGACUUCAAGAACUCCGGUGCCACCCCGAUGAUAGACGAGGAGGAGAAGGAAAUGUGGGAGGAGGAGCAGCAAAGACUGGACAGAGAGUGGUACGCGUUGGACGACGGGGAGAAUCACGCCUUCGGCAACGUGUCCGAGGAAUAUACACGAAAGAAGGAGAUGGAGCUGGAGGCCAGGAGGCAGAAGCGCGUCUCGGCGCAACAACGACAGAUCAACAAGGACAACGAGUUGUGGGAGCGUAACCGCAUGCUAACAUCGGGAGUCGUGAGCUCCCUCGACCACGACGACGACCCCGACGACGAGGGCGAGGCCAGGGUGCACUUGCUGGUGCACAACGUGGUGCCGCCGUUCCUCGACGGCCGCAUCGUGUUCACAAAGCAGCCGGAACCGGUCGUGCCUGUGCGCGAUCCCACUUCCGAUAUGGCACUGGUAGCAAGGAAAGGCUCAGCGCUGGUGCGCGCCUAUCGUGAGCAGAAGGAGAGACGGAGAGCGCAAAAGAAACACUGGGAACUGGCCGGCACACACAUCGGCAACAUCAUGGGCGUACACGACCGACGUAAGGACGACAAGGAGCUCGCGGGACAAGAGACAGAUUUCAAAGCGGGCCAGAAGUAUGCUCGGCACAUAGGAGCCGGUGAAGUGACCGGGGAAGCCAAACACAGGUCCAUUCAGCAUCAGCGGAGAAGUCUGCCGGUGUUCGCAGUGCGGCAGGAACUGCUCAACGUUAUUCGGGAAAACAGUGUCGUCGUAAUAGUCGGAGAAACCGGUAGCGGCAAGACCACGCAGUUGACACAGUACCUUCACGAGGAUGGUUACAGUCGCAAUGGCAUCAUAGGUUGCACUCAGCCGAGGAGAGUCGCCGCCAUGUCCGUCGCGAAGAGAGUUUCCGACGAGAUGGCCACCGCCCUGGGUGAUAAAGUCGGUUAUGCGAUACGUUUCGAAGAUUGCACGUCUAAAGACACGGUGAUUAAGUACAUGACCGAUGGUAUUUUGCUGCGAGAGAGUUUGAGGGAGGGAGAUCUGGACCGUUACAGUGUAAUUAUAAUGGACGAAGCUCACGAACGGUCACUUUCCACUGAUGUAUUAUUUGGUCUUCUUAGAGAGGUCGUCGCCAGGCGACACGACUUGAAGCUGAUCGUCACUUCUGCGACAAUGGACUGUAGCAAGUUCUCCGCUUUCUUCGGCAACGCGGCGACGUUCCAAAUACCCGGGCGCACGUUUCCCGUGGAAGUGCUGCACGCGAAGAACCCAGUCGACGAUUACGUGGACGCAGCAGUGAAGCAAGUCUUGCAAAUCCAUCUACAACCCAAAAGCGGCGACGUGCUGGUCUUUAUGCCCGGCCAAGAGGACAUCGAGGUUACCUGCGAGGCGCUAAAGGAGCGUCUGGCCGAGAUCGAGUCAGCACCACCUCUCUCGAUACUGCCCAUUUAUUCGCAAUUACCGUCGGACUUGCAGGCAAAGAUCUUCCAACGCUCCGAAGGAGGUCUUCGCAAAUGCGUCGUGGCGACCAACAUCGCGGAAACGUCCCUGACGGUCGACGGGAUCGUCUUCGUCGUCGACUCGGGCUACUGUAAAUUAAAGGUGUACAAUCCGCGGAUAGGCAUGGACGCUUUACAGGUGUAUCCUGUGUCGAGAGCCAAUGCUGAUCAAAGAUCAGGUAGAGCGGGUCGUACCGGUCCUGGUCAAUGUUAUCGACUGUACACGCGUAGACAAUACUUAGACGAGCUAUUGCUCACCGGAGUCCCUGAGAUACAACGCACAAACUUAGCCAACACGGUGUUACUGUUGAAGUCUCUGGGCGUUCAGGACCUCUUAGCAUUCCACUUCAUGGACCCGCCACCGCAGGACAAUAUUCUCAAUUCGCUGUACCAGUUGUGGAUCUUAGGCGCACUCGAUCAUACUGGACGCUUGACUCCUCUCGGCCGGCAGAUGGCCGAGUUCCCCUUGGAUCCGCCGCAAUGCCAAAUGCUCAUAGUCGCCUCCCAGCUCGGUUGCACUGCUGACAUCCUCAUUAUAGUCUCCAUGCUGUCGGUACCGUCGAUCUUCUAUCGGCCGAAGGGCCGCGAGGAGGACUCUGAUUCAGCGCGGGAGAAAUUCCAGGUGCCGGAGUCUGACCACCUGACAUACCUGAACGUGUACAAUCAGUGGAAGGCGAAUGGGUACUCGAGUUCGUGGUGCAACGACCACUUCAUCCAUGCGAAGGCGAUGCGCAAGGUACGAGAAGUGCGGUCGCAGCUCGAGGAGAUCCUGAAGCAGCAGAAAAUGGACGUGGUCAGCUGCGGCACCGACUGGGACAUUGUACGGAAAUGCAUCUGCUCGGCGUACUUUCACCAAGCGGCGCGCCUUAAGGGUAUCGGCGAGUAUGUCAACUGUCGUACUGGGAUGCCGUGCCACCUUCAUCCCACCUCGGCUCUUUUCGGCAUGGGCUUCACGCCCGAUUACGUCGUCUACCAUGAGCUCGUGAUGACUGCCAAGGAGUACAUGCAGUGCGUCACAGCGGUCGACGGCCAUUGGCUGGCCGAGUUGGGCCCCAUGUUCUUCAGCGUCAAGGAGACCGGUCGGAGCGGUCGCGCUAAGCGGCGGCAAGCGAUGCAGCACCUGCACGAGAUGGAGCAUCAGAUGAAGGAGGCCGAAGAGGAGAUGAAGGCGCGCGCUCAAGAGCAGCUCGAGCGCGAGCAGGCGUCAGUCCGGAAGAAGGAGAUUCUAACACCCGGCAUCAGGGAACCCGGCACCCCCGCUCCGUACCGCAACACCCCUGGGAGACUGGGGUUGUAAUCGGUUCUCUUCAGACCUAUUGUCGUAGACGCUUGACUAUCUGCCAGUCACAGCUUAGUAUGUAGUUCAUUAUGACCGUGAUAAAAUUCUCACAAAAGGAAAUUAAAGGUAAUUAUGCAGAGAAGGUUAUUCGUCCCGAGUAUUUCUUGGAUCUUAAUAUAUGUUACAAAGACCGGAUUUUUUUCUUUGAACCAUUUUUACUACUACAUAGGGGCGCAUGUAGUUUCUGAGGUGUCGCUUUAAAGAUUUAUGUUAUAUCGAGGAUAAAUGAAUUGAUUGUAUUCAAAAAAGGUGAACUACUCCUUGCUACCCUCGCGCCCAAUCAUAUGCUAUUUUUUGUUUGCAUCUCGUACAUUUGUUGUUUAUGUGUGUCAGUCUCCUAAAAUAUAUUGCAGCUCACCUGUUAAAAAUGUACGAGUCUCUCGCCUUACUAAACUGACAACUCUGUCGUAUACUGAAAUAACAGGACCAGGAAAAGAAUUUGUAUUCUUACACGCAAGACUUGAGCUUGAGUAACUUAUCAUCAAAAUAUUUCUUUGGACGUUGUUAUGUAGAAGCCUUUACUAGUUUCUUGGGGAUUUAAUAUAUGAUAGAUCUUGUCAAUUUAGUGAAGCUAAAGAAUAUUGUUACAGAAAUUUACUUAGUUUACGUAGAUAUGAGAAAUGUAAAUAAAGAAGAAUAACACGAAUAACAUGAUUAAAACGAUAACGACUCAGCAUAACGGAAGAUAAAACUGCAACACCUUUUGGAAUAUGUCUUAAAAACUACAUGCGAUCUCCACAUGACUUAAGGUAUAAAUAACUCAAAAUUUAUAACAUGCUUUAAAAUUAAAAAAUUUCGGGAUGUAUAUAACCUUUUCUAUAUAAUUAUUAAAUGAAGUUAAGCAGCAGUGAUCAAUGAUCAGAUUUUGACGUUAUUAUUUAAUUAGAUUGCCACUUCCUUUGAAGCGAAAGCACCACUCAUAAACAUAAUUUAUAUGUAAUUGCGUUAUAAUAAUGAAUUUUUAGCUAAAAUGAUGAUGAAUAUCAAUAAGAUAUCCUGUAUCUACAUGCAGAAGCAUGAAUAUGCGUAUAAAAAAUAAAUUUUUAAAUAAUAACUAAAAGUUAGUAACUUUAAGUAAAUUAAUUUUAGUGAUAACAUGAUUAAUAGCAAUUAAAGUUGUAUAAAGAGUUACGUGUGUGUACAUAUUUCAAUGUAGA